CUCCAUCUCUGCAUCAUGGCCUCCAUGGGGAUGCAGCUGCUGGCCAGCGCCCUGUCCCUCCUGGGUUGGGCAGGGAUCAUCAUCAGCUGCAUAAUGCCCAUGUGGCGGGUCACAGCCUUCGUGGGAACCACCAUUAUCACCUCCCAGACAAUCUGGGAGGGCAUCUGGAUGAACUGUUGGGUUGAGAGCACAGGGCACAUCCAGUGCAAACCUUAUGAGUCUGUCCUUGCUCUGACCACAGACCUGCAGGCUGCCAGGUCUCUAACUGUCCUAGCCAUCGCUACAGGCGGCGCAGGCCUCUUUCUGGCCUUCAUUGGAGGGAAGUGCACUCGCUUUUUGGAUAAGGAAGGAGGCGGGGCUAAGGGUAAGGUGGCCAUAGCAGCGGGGGCAGUGUUGAUUGCCACAGGGCUGCUGUGUUUGAUUCCCACAUCGUGGGUGGCCGGGGCCCUGGUGAGGAAUUUCUACAGCGCCUCCACCGAUGCUCAGCGGAGGGAGAUUGGAGCCUCUCUCUAUAUUGGGUGGGGAGCAGCCAUCCUGCUUAUUUUAGGAGGGGGUUUGUUCAUCAGUUCAGCACGCCCCUUCAAAUUCCAUGAUGAAGAAAAGAGCCCCUCUGUCCGCUACCUGGUGGUCCGCUCCACCCCUGGGUCCAACAGAUCAAGUCCUCAUCACAGCAGAGCACCAUCAGCAAGGUCUCAGUCUGUCGGAGCUGUGUUUCCCAGCUCUCAAAGCUACGAUGGCGCAUCAACAAAGUCCCAGCUGUACACAAGGCCCCCCUGGGAGGGCAGACCUGAGCAGGGCUCAGGGCAGGAGUCAGAAAGAUCAUGGGUACCAUCAACAAAGUCUCAGAUGAAAAGACUGGGGUCGGCAAAAUCUGAAGACAGUGAGACGCCGUCUCAGCUGAUAUCAGUCAAGAGUGAGACUGAGGAAGCAUCCUCAAAUCCUCCGAGAUCAUACAUAUAA